CGACCCACUGGAGCUGCCACACCUUCAUUGUUUUUGAUUCCGGGAUUCUUUUUCCUUCGAUCCACCUGUGGCAUAGUGCUGGGUAUAUCUCCGCUGCCGUCAGUUGCUGUGCGAGGAGAUUCCGUCCAGCUCGCUACACCGUCCGUUUCACCAUCCGCCUCUUCCAGUGCCCCUCCGUCGUCGCCGCCCCUCUUCCUUCUCUUCCUUCUCUUUCUUUGUUCCCACUCUUUCUCUGCACGUUGCCACACGAUUGUCGCAUCCAGGCUAUCCUUCUCCAUAUUUAUUUGACCCUCUUUAAAUUGAGUUAGCCUCAGUACUCAUCCACAAGGCUAGCUUGGAUGAUCGUUUUGGGCUCGUGAGAGCGCAAGGCAACACAACACUGAUCCGGCGUCCUGCGCCCCAGCAACGGUCACGAUGGCUUACAACAGCUUCCCCAACAGUCCCCCCUACUCGCAGUUUGGACCCAUGAACCAUGGCAACCCGAACGAAAAUCGUGCCUCGUCAUACACCCCGCCUUACCCUUCGCAAUAUGGGUCCGAGCAGAUCAAUAUGCCUCAGCCUCAAGUCCCUCCGACCUCCUCUUCUCCGGCCGGUUACUAUCCGAAGCCUUAUGAGCCAGCUCCAUGGCAACAGCACCAGCAGCCGCCGACCGGAAGAAUUAACGAGGCUGUGAAUUCAGCCUUUCAUCAGGCUGACAAGCCAGGCUAUCUGUCUCCCGAGGUCGUUUCUCAGAUAACUGCGACGGUGAUACAACAGCUGAAGGCGACGGGAUUGGAUAACUUGCAAAGCGAGCAACCGCCGUCACAGCCCCCGCCACAAUGGGCGCCUCCAGCAAGCUCUAUUUAUGGGGAACCGACGCACUCCCCCGUGAGGCCGCAAAACACCCCUCCGCUACCCCCCAAGGUUCCUACGGGAGAUACGGACUACCAGGCACCUGUACCGCCUCCUGUACAUCCUAGUAGCCCUCAUUUGUUUCCUGGAUCAUCCUUAGGACAGUCGACAAAGAGACAAGGGUCUCCAGCAAGCCAGCUCAGCGGUCAGAGCCAUAAUAUGGAGUCUCGACCAAAGCCACCGUCGAGGGAAGCUACGGUAACGGAGAUGACAACGCUGGAGAAAAUCUGGGGCAAGCUUUUCGAAGACGGCAAGCCAACAGAAAGACUUGGCCAGUUCUUGCGAGGAAUCGCAGUCCACCUUAUUGAAGAGUACCCGCCCGGAAACACUCUGGUCGUAGUUCCGGGGAAGAUGCAAAAGUUUUAUGAGGAUACGAGCGUGUCGUCAGAUCCUUACCCUUGGCAAGACAUUUUUGACGAUCAUACAUCAUCGAUUUCGAGAUUGCUUCGCGAGCUACAAGUAGAGCAUCAUCUAGUGCAAAAUAACCUGAAUGAGAGACCUGAUACCCCAGGCCUGACUCCGCGCGGCUUCGAGCGUUGGGCAACUUUAAUGAUCCAGGCCCAUCCCGAGAAAGAGUACGAUCGAUUACAGAAAGCGGUGCUAAACAUGCCCAUCAGCAACCCUGACAAGAGAAGCGAGAGAUUUCCCAAGGAAAUACCACGGCGAUUGUUCCCUGACACGCCGGACCUCUCGUUGAGGGAGGAGAUAGAUCAGCACCUCAUCAAAUAUUGCGCCGUUGAAUUGCCUCCGAUCACGGAGGAGGAACUGAAACAGGUCGCUGCACAACGUCACAGGAAGACUGUGCACAAAGCAUCGGUGACCUCUGUUGACUCGACCCCUUCAGUGGGGGAGCGCGAACGCCAGCCUUACUAUAGUACGUCGUCUUCUGCUGUUGCCGACGAUGACGAUCAAGAGGCGCCGUCACGUCCUAUUGAGCGCCAGAGGAAACCGUACACGGCGCAGCCUGGAGGCGGCAAAGUCUACGAGGAGCCUGGCACGCCCAGCCAUCGACAUGCCAACUCGAUGUCCGCAGGCUCUGGGCCUCGCGAUGGUCCUAGUACGAUGGGACCACGAACGUCGGAGACGUACAGUCAAGACCCUUACCACUUGCGUCCCGGCACCAGUAACUCACAGCGCCCUACGACUACCUUUGGACGAUCACCCAGUCCGUCACGGGCUCAUGCCGGCGGCGACUACCGGCACUCCGAGAGCGAUCUCUUAGGCCACAAUGGUGGCUCUCGGUACCAGGGAAUCUCUGACGGGGACUUUUACUACACUUCCACUGCAAACACCCUCCCGGGCGACAUCAUCGAAGACCGUCGCCGGUACCACGACCUUGACCAUGACCGGGACGAUCAAAGGCUAUACGACUCGCUUCGUGAGCGAGAGAACGAGCGAGAAAAGCUCAAGCGAAGCAGCUGGGGUGGUGACGAGGACUACUAUCGGGGGGGCACCGGGUACGAUUACAAGGGGUAUGGUUUGAGGUGAUACAUGACAGCAGUCUGCUUUCCUUGACAGCGUAUGUUGAAGUUCGUUUUGGCGCUUUCCCGAAAAGAGAUAUCCGUUUAUGACUUAUGACUUAUGAUAACGUUUCCACCGUUAUUCUCAUUUGGCUUUGUCUUUCUUCUGCCAUGACUGUCCCUUCACGAUGUAAUCAGGCUUUUCUCCUCCCUGUAUCAAUAAUUACCUUUCGGGAAUACCAUCACCACCCCCAAUACUCAAAUCAACCCCCUCCCCUCUCCUCUUCUCAAUCUCCCUCAUAACCCUC